CAAUGUGAGACAUUUGUCGAUGUGAAGAUCGAUUCACAAUUUAACAAAUAAGAUAAGUAAACGUUUCUUUACUAUCGCUGAACAGUUGGAACGAACUAUUGUGUUUACUUAAUGCGAUGUUAUUUUCUUAAAUGACAUAAGUAUUCGUUCACCACAUUGUGCUUCUGAUUAACUCGAGAAAAUUCACAACAUACUGAUUUAAGAAAUCGAAAGUAGACUAAAAAAUUGAAGCCCUAAUUUUUAUAAAAUGGCAACGGGUGAACAGAUCGUUUCCAACCAAUUCAAUUCAAGCGAUGUCAUCGAACCAAGUGUUGUCAUACGAUCAUGUGAGCCGUGUAGCAGAGACGGCUCCGCAACAAAGGCAACAGUUUUCUGCAAGGUUUGUUAGGAGAUACUUUGUGAUGAGUGCAGUAAACCACACACAAAAUACAAACCUGGGAGGCAUGACGUAGUCAAUAUUCAAGACAUGGGUUCAGCUGCAGUGAUGGUUGAUAUGAAAGAUUUGGACCUUUGUGAGGAGCACGGCAAGGCAAUCAAAUUUUACUGUGAAGACCAUUCCAAGCUGUGCUGCAGUACGUGUACAUUCACGCACCGGAAAUGUGACAAUGUUGAUGAAAUAAAGAGCAUAUCAUUAAUAAAUAAACCGGAGUUUCAGGCAACUAAACACGCAUUGAUAAAAAUAGAAUCUGAAGCUGCUUCUUUUAUAGCUGACUGUGAGAAGUCAAGGGAUGAAUUGAAUGAAUCCAUCGCAAAUAUAUCCGAUGAAGGAGAUAAGAUUAAAGACAGUAUUGUUAAACUUUUCGAAGAAGCUCAGCAGAAGAUGUUUACUGAGAUAAAUCAAUUUAAGGCUGAAGUGUCUAUGCAACUUGACAAAAAAUACACAGCCGCUUCACAAAUACAAGAACAAAUAAAUCAGAUAUUGCCGAUGUAUUCUGCUAUUCUAGAACACGGUACGUUUGAACAAAAGUUCAUAUUUUCUAAGAAGACCAAAGAACAACAGAACACUAUUGAAACACAUGUCGAUUCGCAAAGAAAUGCUACAGUUACAACCAACAUUUCACUGUCGUUUUCAAGGGAACUACAAGCACUUCUUACAAUGGAGAACCCAAUUUUUCAAAUGAAUUUUGAUCAGCAAUGUGCAAAGAUAGAUCAGAGUUUUGAGCUGCAAAUAAAGCUGCAAGAGGAAAUACAAAAGGCCUCACAGCAGAUGCAAAUGUUAGAACUUGAGAUCUCCUGUCUGCGUGGCCAGCUUGGCGAGAAGGACCAGAUGUUGACCCAAUACAAGGAGCAGCUAGACAGCCAGCAGAAGAACAUGACCCUGGAACACCAGCGGCAACGGGAUGACCUCAUUAAACAACUUGACCAUCUCAACUCAGCACUGAAACACAAGACAUCUACCCAGCCAUACAGUGGGGAUGUUCAGAGCCUCAAGUCCCAGUUGAUGUCACUGAUCUUGAAUUGUCUUACAGACCCAGCAAUACAGUGGGGAUCUUCAGAGCCUCAAGUCCCAGGUGAUGGUACUGAUCUUUGAGUUGUCUUACAUACCCAGCCAUACAGUGGGGAUGUUCAGAGCCUCUAGUCCCAGUUGAUGCCACUGAUCUUUGAGUUGUCUUACAGACCCAGCCAUACAGUGGGGAUGUUCAGAGCCUCAAGUCCCAAGUGAUGUCACUGAUCUUUGAGUUGUCUUACAGACCCAGUUAUACAGUGGAGAUUUUCAGAGCCUCAAGUCCCAGGUGAUGUCACUGAUCUUUAAGUUGUCUUACAGACCCAGCCUUAGAGUGGGGAUGUUGAGAGCCUCAAGUCCCAGGUGAUGUCACUGAUCUUGACUUGUCUUACAGACCCAGCCAUACAGUGGGGAUGUUAUGAGCCUCAAGUCCCAGUUGAUGUUCACUGAUCUUUGACUUGUCUUACAGACCCAGUCAUACAGUGGGGAUGUUAAGAGUUUUAAGUCCCAGUUAAUGUCACUGAUCUUUGACUUGUCUUACACACCCAGCCAUACAGUGUGAAUGUUCAGAGCCUAAAGUCCCAGGUGAUGUACCUGAUCUUUGACAUAUUUUACAGACCCAGCCAUACAAUGGGGAUGUUCAGAGCCUGUAGUCCCAGGUGGUGUCAUUGAUCUUUGAGUUGUCUUACAGACCCAGCCAUACAGUGGGUAUGUUGAGAUACUCAAGUCCCAGUUGAUGUCACUGAUCUUUGAGUUGUCUUAUAGACCCAGCCAUACAGUGGGGAUGUUCAGAGCCUCUAGUCCAAGCUGAUGUCACUGAUCUUUGAGUUGUCUUACAGACCCAGCCAUACAGUGGGUAUGUUG